GAGGAGGGAUACAUCUUGUUCUUCCUGAGUAGCUUGUCUACAAUGCUGCAGUGCAGGGUUAGGUUCCUAUAGCUAGCUCUAAGUCAUUCAUAAGUCGUUAUUUUUUUAGGUUUGACCCAAUGUCAGAUAAAGUGGUGAAACGUCCAGGAGUUGGGGUCGGGGUGCUGGUAACAGACUUAGCCCACCCAGGCUGUGUUCUCCUGGGAAAACGGAAAAGCGAAACUGGUAAAGGCAAAUAUCAGCUCGUCGGUGGCCACUUAGAGUUUGGGGAGACGUGGGAGGAGUGCGCUCACAGAGAGGCGUUGGAGGAAGCAGGGGUGCGUUUGGUGAACGUCCGCUUCGUCUCAGUGGUGAACUCCAUCAGACUGGAGGAGCAGUACCACUAUGUCACCAUAAUCAUGCAGGGAGAACUGGACAGGAAGCGGUCAGGAGAGCCAGAGAACCUGGAGCCGGAGAAGAACGAAGGCUGGACGUGGACACAGUGGGACCAGUUUCCUCCUGAGGAGCAGCUCUUCUUUUCGCUCGCCUGCCUGAGACAACAAAGCUUCCAGCCCUUCAGGAACACAGUAACAAACACUGAAACGCUGCUGUGAGGCUGUUACAUUGGAACUUUUUAAUUAUAUAACACACACAUAUACCUUCAAAAGUCAACAUCUUUUUUCUCCUCUUUUUGGUUUACACACCUGCCUUGGUGCAUAAUGUAAUUUUUGCAAAAACAUCUUGAACUGGUAUUUCAGGCGUAUGUAACAUACGGAUUGUCAAGACUGUAAUUACUGAUGCAAUACAUAAAAAAUAACACAUGGAAAAUGGAA